UGUUGCACAUCCUUUUAGCCCCUCAGUGAUGUAAGCAACAAACCUCACCCAGCUCCUGGGACACAGGGUCUUCACUCCCAGAUGAGCUUGUCCUGGAUUUGCAGGGAGCCUGGCUCCCUAGACCUUUUGGCCAGACCCCCACAGGGGGAUUGUGCAGAUGUGCUCUCCCCAGAUCCCCAGUUGGUAUUGGAAUCAGGCCUGUGUCACAUGUGGGGAGGGCAGCUGCACCCAGCCACCCUCUGACUUCUCUCCUCCCACAGAUCAGCCAUCUGCAAGCUUCCCUUCUCCAUGGAGAGCAGGAAGACAGUCAUGGGACCCCAGGGAGCCAGGAGACAGGCUUUCUUGGCAUUUGGGGAUGUCACUGUGGAUUUCACCCAGAAGGAAUGGAGGCUGCUGAAUCCUGCUCAGAGAGCCCUGUACAGGGAGGUGACACUGGAGAACUACAGCCACCUGGUCUCACUAGGAAUUCUCCAUUCUAAACCAGAACUCAUCAGGCGGCUAGAGCAAGGAGAAGCGCCCUGGGGAGAAGAGAGAAGAUGCCGGCCAGGCCCCCGUGCAGCAGGUUCAUACAGACUGUGGAGUUCUUUCCCAUUCCUUGCUUCUCACCACCCCAUAAAAAAUGUGGGGGCAUCCACUGAGAAAUUUGGAGCCGGUCUGAAAUUUCAUGGGUAUGAGGUCUCUGCUUUUGGAUUUAUGAUCGGUGCCACUCCCUCAGUUUGCAUAGUUCUAGAAUCUGGGAAUUCCAAGAUGAAGGUGCUGGCACCUUUGCUUCAUUGUGAGGGUCCCCAUCCUGGCUCGCAGGCUGCCACUUUCUUGCUGUGUCCUCUCAUGGGCUCACCCCAUGAUCUCAACUAAACCUGUUUAUCUCCCAACAACUCCACCUCCAAAUACCAUCACAUUGGAGGUUAAGGCAUCAACAUAUGAAUUUGGGGGAAUGCUAAUGUUCAGUCCAUUAUCAACUCCCUUCUCUCGCCCCCAUAUUAAUUGCUUGCUGAUUUGUCUGUCAGUUAAUUAAAAUAAAAGGCUUCUUGUCUGCCACUGA